UCUACAAUAGUUCCGAAGGUCGGAAUAUUAGACAGUUACAGUUUUGUUAAAGGAUAGCUGAAUUCCGCUGAAUCAGUUAUUAGAUCAUUACUUGUUAGAACAAUAAAAUUUCACGUUUUUUGUUUUUCUUUUCACAAAUACUGAGCCAUAUCAUAAUCCACCAAUAAUGAUGAUACCGGCAAAACAACCACUGCUUACCUGUUAACAUGUGUUUUCAAAAUAUUUUGAUAAGAGAAACUGAUAACUUCAAUUAUUCAAUACGUCGACAUAAAUAAUUGAUCUGGUGGGUGGAAAUUUUCGAAAGGAACUAGCACGGUGUUGAACAUUUGGUGAAUAAUAAUGUUAACCACCGAAGACUAUGGUUUGGAAGAAUAUGUUUUCAAAAGUUCUCCAGAAUCGUGUAGUGACCAAUCGUGUUCUACAGAGUUUACAGAUUUUAUCUCUGACGAAGAUUUUCUGACACAACUCGCUGUUGAACUGAAUAUACCCUUGUUGCUAAAUCAAGGUGAAGAUGAACUCAGUAUGUUGAAUUCAGUUUAUGAUAAAAGUCCAAAUGAAAUAUUAUCAGACAUAGCGUCACCACCAUACUGUAAAGACGAAGAACUUUCUAACGAAAUUGCUGAUUUGCAAUUCAUGGACUUUUCAAACUGCGGCCCUGAGGCAUACCCUAACCUUCAACCAGAAAUUAAAUCCGAAUUAUCUGAUAGUUCACCAUCUAGAAAUUCAGCAACAUCUGUGUCACCCAUAUCCCAGUUACACAGUUCUGAUAUAAAAGAUGAAAUACAAAUGAAAACUCCACCGGCCUCUCCUGAAUCUUUUUUCAAUGCAGGAAUGCUGAAAGAUCCACCAAAGAAUAUUCUUUUUACUCCUAUCAAAAAAGUUACAGGCUCAAAUACUACUUCUCCUUGCUUGACAACAAAGCAUGUGAAAAUUGUACCAAAAACUCCAUAUUCGUUACCAGUGAAGAAAAAUAAUUUAUUAGUUUUAAAGAAAGAUUUGAAACCUGUAGUUGCCUCUCCCCAACAAAAUGUUGUUAUGCUGGAAAAUAUCAAAGUUACCGUACCACACAUUCCCACAAUUGAUAACACUAUGAAAAGUGUCUGUAAUAUUAAACAAAAUGUAGCUUUAUCGUCUGUAACUGUACCAACUAUGGCUGUACCUGUAUCUUUACCUUCUAUUACUAUUCCAACAGUAACUGUGCCUUCUGUUAUAAAUCAAAGAAACAGAUUUUCUGUAACAAAUAUAAAUUUUGAUCCAAAAGUCCUGAAGAGGCAACAAAGAAAAAUAAAGAACAGGGAGUCAGCUAGUUUAUCUAGAAAGAAAAAGAAAGAUUAUGUCACUUCCUUAGAAGAUCAAGUGAAAGUAUUGUCAGCAGAAAACCAGAGAUUGCAAACAGAAAAUUUGCAGUUGAAGGAAAGAUUAGCACAGUUUGAAGAUGAUACUUCUAGUAGAAAUACAAACAAAUCUGUAAAACCCAGUUUAGUUUUAUGUAUUUUUCUGUUAGUAGUUGGUCUAAACUUGGAUUUUUUGAGGAAUCCAUUCAAUCAAAAAAGUCAAUUGGUUUUAAAGCAGGAAUUACCGAAGUUAAAUGACCACCAUGGAAGAAGUUUACUGUGGUCACCUGAUGAAAUGGAGAACCACAAUAACGAAUCUACAAAGUUUUCCCCAUAUUCAAUGUGUCCGGCUACAAUCAAUCAAACAGAGAGUGUCCGGUUGGCACUCGAGUUAGAAAGAUGGAUUGGAAAACCAGUGGACCUGUCAUCAAGAAUUGGCCCUGUAAAAAAUGUGUCAACCCCCAUUAAACAUUCAAAACUGCGUUACAGAAAGAAGAAGUAUGGGUCGAAUAGUCCUUUCACAUCUGUUCCUUACAAACGUUACAGCAGAUUAAAAAAUGAACAGCAGUUGGGAGAACGACCUAAGAAUGAAUUGCAACUAUUUUCCUUGACUCCUGACCAAGUUUAUUCAGAGUUCUUCGAAGCAAUCAAUAGACAGGACGAUACUUUUUAUGUGGUGUCAUUUACUGAUCAGAAUAUGCUCUUACCAGCAAUUCACCACAAUAAAACGGGUAGGCCCAAAAUGUCUCUCAUCAUGCCUUCUGUGUUACCAAACGAUACCAUUCCCCACUCAUCUUUGAUACCGUUGAUGAAAAUCGAUUGCGAAGUUUUAAAUACCAGAUUGAUCUACAUCAAACAUGGCACCAUUCCACAACAUUUGAAGCGAUACAGUAAUGAAACGGCAAGAAAGGAAAGUCCAGAUGAAAAGGGGCGGAUCCAGGAUUUGGCUGUGGGAGUGCGAAGAGGAUUGUAUAUAGGUAGUGGAGCUGAUAAGGCAGGUGGUCCUACAAAACUGUGAUCAAAACCCUUGUUAAUAAAAAAGCAUGGCAGGCAAACAUUUUCAACUUCAGGGUCACCUGGUUUUCAAUAAUUUUUACAAAUGAUAAGGCAGGUGGUCCUACAAAACUGUGGUUAAAACCCUUGGUAAUAAAAAGCAUUGUAGGCAAACAUUUUCAACUUCAGGGUCACCUGGGUUCCUAAAAUUUUUACGAAUGAUAAGGCAGAUGGUCCUACAAAACUGUCAAAACCCUUGUUAGUAAAAAACAUGACAAGCAAACAUUUUCAACUCCAAGUUCACCUUGUUUUCUAAAAUUAUCAGGAAAUAUUAGUUGAAUUGAAGUAUUUGAAUGUGGUUGACAAUAUUCCUUAGUGAAUGUUACAGGAUGUUGCAAUGGAUGUUCGCACCCUUAACAUUUAAUUUGCAAGUUUUUUUCAUUUCAUUACAGAAUUUCCAUUUUUUUCUGAUGGUCUCAGGUAACAAAUGAUUUUUUUUUCACAUUUCUUUCUAUUAAAAAAGUACAGAAUAAAUACAGGGCUGAUUUAUACAAAUAAAAAACUAUAGACCAUUGAAAAGUGCAUUCUCUAUUUAGGCUUGUACCAUCUUUAUCAGAAAAAUUUCUUAUGUUAUGAAUUGCUUUAAAUUUUUCAGGCAGUAAUUGAGUGACCUUAUAUACAAAAAAUUCGAUCAAAACGUUUGUAUUUGUUUUGCCUUUAUUCAUUACCGUUAGACUUAUGUCAUGUCAAUGAUCUGUGGAGAUUAUUAAAAUAUAUUUCUGUAUCAAAAUUACGUUAACUGAAAGAUUCAAAAUUUUAACAAUUUUUUGUUGAAUCUUAAACUAUUCGAAAACGUUGUACAGACAUGAAUACCUACAAUUCGAAAUCCUCAGAUAUGCUUUGACUAAUAUUUGGGUGUUGAUAUUUACUAUUUAUAACUUAUAAAAAAACUAUAAAAAUUGAGAAUUUCUGUGUACUUCUUCAUUCCUGUUCAGUGUUCUAACAUGUGAGGGAAUUGUUUUGAACUUAUCGAAAGAAAAUAUGACCCUCCAAGUUGCAAUUUUCUAAAAAUUUCUGGGACCGCUUUUUUUCCAAAAAAAUUCACAAAUUCUAUCGACUUUUUAGCAUGUCAAGUAAUUUCAAAAAAGAAUUUGUUAAGAUUUCAUAUAAUUCACUCCUCAUUUUACGACAACAAUGUAUAACAGAACUUUCAAUACCUUCAAAUGGAAACACUUUUUAUAAUCUACUGCUGAGAGAAGAGAGUGCGUCAUCGGGAGAUGAUGUUUUCGCGAUAGCACUUCUUGACAAAGAUUCCACUACUGGCCACAAGUAAUAGAAAUGAAAUUUUCAUCCAACACUGAAUUAUUUACAUUUCUAUCAAAUGACAAACUGCAAUAUUUUCAAUUGUAAUAAGGUGUUUUGGGAACUGAUAACUUUUGUUAUAAUAAAAAUAACAGAAAA